AUGAGGUGUCGCGGAUGGAUCUUCUGGUUGCUGGCCAUGGCGCUGGUGGUGAUCGGUGGGAUUUUCCUCCGGGACGUUCACCAUGUGACACAAGAGCGGAUUGUUUCAUUGAAGAAGGACGUGGUUCAGGCAGUUCAGGAGCGCGAUGAGUUGAGAAGGGAGCUGGAGAAAGUGAACAAGUUGCACAGCGAACAUCUCAACCAGGCGAAGUCCGUGGAGAUUCAGACUGCGCAGCUUCAGUCCGAGAAGGAUACUCUGACAAAGCAGGUGGUGGAGGACGAAGAUGUCCAGCCGGAUCGCUUCGCGUUGACGGAUCGAAAUGUGCAGGUGCAGGAGAUGAAAUCGCAGCUCACCAUGUGCAAGGAAGGGGAGUCGUCCUCCCAGUCGCUCAAGGACAAGUUGGACCGAGGACUUCAAGAAUGUCACAGGGAGCUGAGCAACAUCAAGGAGGAGGUUUCCAAGGAGAAAUCAGACAAGGUGGAAGUGAAAAGACAAGCUGAGAUUGAAGUUCAGAACGCUAAGACUUCCCUAGAAAUGUGCAAACAGGAAGCACAAAAACUCAAAACUGGAGCUGAAGGCUCCCAGAAACUUGAAACUGAGCUGAACGAGUGCAAGGGUCAUGCGGAGCAACUGCAGAAGGAGCUGCAGACAGCCAAGGAGGCCAUCAAUGCAGCAGCUCACAAGGGAGGAGACGCUGCAGCGCCAGCGCCAGCGGCGGCAGAGGCCAAGGGAACGGGAGGAGGAGCAUCAUCCCAAGAUUCACCGAGCCAUCAAGGGGCUGACGGACAAGCUGCUGCUAACCAGGCAGGGAGUGCUCAGCAAGUUGCCGAAGGUGGGAAGAAAGAGGAAGGAUCGCAACAUCAAGCAGCUGACGCUACUCAUGGAGCUGCCCAUGCUGAGCAGAACCAGCCUAACGCGCAGCACACUGGCGCCGAGCACGGAAAUCAGCAGGGAGGAGCAGGAGGAGCGGCAACAGCGGGAGGAGCGGCAACAGCGGGAGGAGCGGGGGCAGCAGCAGGGGCGGGAGGGGAGAAAGCAGCUGCAAAGUAA